GGUCAAGAAGACCUCCACAAGCUUAAAGUCAAAGGCAAAGAUACCAACUUGAAAGGAAAUGUAGAAGCUGUGGGUAUUAGUGACCUUGAAACAGCAAUUGAAAGGACUGAACAUGGGCUGAGAAAACAUGCUGAAAAUCAUUUAAAUGCUAUCAACAGACAAGCGUUAACUAUUUCUUCUGCUGAUAAUAAAGAAGGACAUUCAAAACAGCCCCCUAAAUGGAGCCUUCGUUUGGGUGCUGCUCAGAAGCAGCUGAUUUCACCACGAGUACCUGUUGAGCCCGUGACUGUCCAGGCGUACAGCAAAUCAGCACUACGCGUUUCCCAAAGUUCACAGCAUCAGCUGGAAAUGCAUAUGAAAAUUAUACUUGACCCAGAGAACAUCAAUAAUAAAGCUGUUUUAAAACAACACAACUAUGAGACCAGGCUACCACUUAUAACUAAGAAAAAAUCAGCUCCUAUGUGUAGGCAGAAGAUAAUGAAAAAUCAUAUGGUUAGCAACCUUUGUCAUUUGCCUGCCUCUCCCCACAUGGAUUCUCCCUUACCCCUGUUAGAAGAAGAAACAGCGAAAGGUAUUCUGAGCCUAACUGAACAAAGGCUUAUCCCUCCAGCAGCAAAAAUAACUCUCCAGGCACCUCCUAUUCUACCCAAAUCAGAGUCUUUCCAUGAAUUUCACUGGCAGCACAAGAAGUCAGCUGUUGGAGAGAUGAGUAGUAGGGUGGACUCUGAGAAUACAGACACCAUCACCUUCCCAAACUCAAAGGAAGCAAUUUAUGGCAAAUAUUCCUCUAGUAAAGGGAACAUUGCACCACUUCCAUCCAGCAGCUCCAUGGUUUCAGCAAGGAAAUCAAAGCUGAGGUGGACGUAUCCAGCUCAACAGUUGGAAUCUGAGCUGCACGUUCCCUCUCAGACACAGCCCCCACGAACGUCUCCGUGUCAGUCCUUACAGGAUCCGUGCUUUGAUUGUGACAUCGUUGUUUACCAUGGCACCAUAGACCAGAAAGCUCCAGGCUUUGUGGCGUUCAAGCAACGUUAUUGUUUAUCUUGGGAGAGCAUUCUCUUUUUUUUGGAAGGUGCAGAAAAGCUUCUCAAGGACUAUGCUGUACCGUUGGCUACAAUAAACUGUAAAAAGUUGGUGGAAGUUGCAUCAGAUUUUGAGCUUAAUGAGAAUCCCAGCAAAAGUGCCAUUCUGUCGGUGAUAAAGAAUCAAUCAACUGUGGAAAGGAUCUUAAAUCGACCUGGCCAAAGAUACAAAGGGCAAGGGGGUACUGAAAUGGCUGCUACAAAGAUCCAAGCGACGUGGCGAGGUUAUCGGGCCAGAAAAGCCUCCGUCCCUCUCAGGCAGCAGCAGUGGGCAUCAGGUGUGAUCGCCGCUUCUUGGCUCUUGCAUCAUCACAUGGCACGUGUGAAAAAAGCCCUGAAGGAAUCACGUCAGAGACACCUGGAGAAUUUUUACAUCAGGGCCAAGCAUCUGGCAGCCAACUGGAAUCGCAUCAGGACCUCCAGGAGGACUAUUAUCCAUAUCCCAUCAUUAGGAUAUUCCCAAUGCAUCCGUGAGCAUAUUCCUGAUCUGGCUCUCCAACAGAACAUGCAGAUAGGAAGGCUGUGUGACAUACUGGAUGCCAACGUGGACGUCAUCUACAUCUGCCCCCUUCAUCUGAGUGAGGAGUUACUGCAGUAUUACAAUAAACUCCUGGGUCUGCAGGCAGCUGUUAGAUCUGGGAACCCUGAGGACAUGUGUGACCUGCAGGACAGGUUCAAAAUUCUCACCCCUGAAGCUAUAAACAGCUUCCCUCAGCAUCGCAUGUGCUUAGCCACUCAACUGAAGUACAGUCCCAAGACAAUCCAAAGGAUAAAAAUUCUUAUCCAGGGCAGAGAUGCCUACAUUAUCGGAGGGGUUCCCCACAAAGAUGAUUUAGCAGUGGCUGACAUGUUAAAUGUGCCAAUAUUAGGCUCGGUGCCAGAAGUGGCUCAUCUCUAUAGUACCAAGUCUGGAAGUAAACGAAUUUUUGCCAGUGCUUGUGUGCCAACCCCUCCUGGAGAAUCUGACAUCUACAGCAAGGAAGAG